CCCCCUCCCUCUUUGAGCAGGUAGAGCCCAGGCGUCCGGCCCCCCCCAUCCAUGUCAGCCCCCCCGCCGCCCCCCGAGGAGGAGGCGCGGGGCCCCCCCUUGCUGCCGACGCCCCCCGCGCUGGGCGAGGGCUUCUACCCCUUCCCCACGGAGCGGCGGGGGGGCCCCGGGGCCCCCGAGCCCGAGGACCUGGGGGUGCUGCUGCAGCGCAAGGAGCAGGACGUGCUGCUGGCCGCCGAGCUGGGCAAGAUGCUGCUGGAACAGAACGAGGAGCUGCGGGGGCGCUGCCAGGCGCUGGCCCGGGACCACGCGGGCGCCCUGGAGAGGCUGGAGCAGGAGAAGUACGAGCUGCGCCGGCGGCUGGAGUCGGAGGUGGCCGAGUGGGAGACGCGGGGGGCGGAGCUGGAGGGGGACCUGGCGGCCCUGCGAGCCCAGCUGGGCCACCAGCGGCUGGAGCAGCAGGACACCAGCCGGGAGAGCUCCCAAGUCGCGCAGGAGCUGUCGGAGCAGAACCAGCGUCUGGCCGAGCAACUAAGUCAGGCCUCCCAGCUGGAGCAGCAGCUGCAGGACGAGCUGAUGGCCUUGCGGGUUGAGAAUCGCACCCUGGGGAUGAGCAGCGCCGAGCACGCGGCCCGGACCCAGAGCCUGCAGGCCGAGAACCUGAUGCUGCAGGAGCGGAGGCAGGAGCUGGAGCGUCAGACCCGGCAGCUGCGGGAGGAGAUGGAGGCCGUGCAGGGGCUGGUGGAGACACUGCACGAAAACCUGCUGCUGCUGCGCCGGGAGGUGCACGAGAAGGAGCUGCGGGCCCAGCAGCUCCAGGCCGAGGCAGAGGAACUCCGAGUCUCCAACAGGUGGCUCCAGCGCCGGGUGAAGGAGAUGGCGGAUGAGAUUCGUCUCCACGACUCAGAUGCCUCGGUCGCCUCCCUGCAGUUGGAGAUUGAGCAGAGCGGCGAGGGGAGCCCGGAGCAGAACGGGGGGCCUGCUAAGCCCCUGGCCAGGACCGUCUCUGAGGCUGCCCCUGGGGGUCCAAAGACCCCAGCCCGGGGGUCGGAAGAGGAGGGCGAAUAUGCUAAAAGGGUCUUGGCUCUGACCCAACUGGAUCAAGACCUGCUGAGACAGAAAGAGGUAGAGAUACAAAACCUGCAUGACCAGCUGACCCUGCAACACGUGCAGCUCGCCAGUCUGCGGGGGGAGCUGGCGAGCCAGAGACGCCUCUUCCAGGAGAGCGACCGGGACGAGACCCUCAAACUGGCCGUGGCCGAUCGGGACGAAGCCAUUAUAAAGAAGGGCCAGAUGGAGAUGGAGCUGGCCCAGGUCUCUCUGGAGCGGGACUCCAUGAGCCAACAGCUGCUGGCAGCCAUCCGCCAGAAGAUGGCGCUGUCCCAGGAACUGGAGGGUUGGCAGGACGACAUGGAGUUCAUUAUCAAGCAGCAACUGAAGCUCCAGCGGCAGCAAGAAGGGAUCUCCACGUCCCCCCCAACUCCCUCCAGGACCCCGGCGCAGGCCAAGACCUCGCCUUUCUUUCGGCGCGGGAACAGCGCCCCCAAUGGCACCAGCUUCCUAUCGCGCUUCAAAAAAAGCUGAGACCCUGGGGGCUGGUUCUAGAGGUUCUAGGGCAGACAUGGGCAAACUACAGUCCAAGGGCCACAUCCGGCCCAUGGGACCGUUCUGCCCGGCCCCUGAGCUCCCGGCUGGGGAGCUUAGUCCCUGGCCCCUCCCCCGCUGUCCCCCCUCCCCCACAGCCGGGCCGUGCUCUGGUCGGGCGUCCUGGCUGCGAGCUCCUGCUGCUGGAAAGGGGGCGGGGAGUGGGGAGGUUGGGUAAGGGAGCAGGGGUCCUGAGGGGCAGUCAGGGAGGAGGGGGCGGUUGGAUGGGGUGGA